AUGUCUACAAAAAGGCUGAUCUCUCCGGUGUCCGAGGAAAUACUACCAUCCCCAAUCUUAUCAAAUGACAAGGCUGGAACUGAAAAAUUGAGAGUCAACGUCUCUGAAAUCGUUUCCGAACAAGAGAAACAAGUCAAGUCAAAGAAUCCAUUUCUUGAUCCCGACACAGCUGAAUAUUAUAAAAAGUUGUAUGAGAAAACAAAGUACGAAUGCCGCUCCCACUUUGAUCCUGAUUUUAAUUGGACAGAAAAGGAAGAGGAAAAGGUGGUUCGUAAAUUGAAUUUGAGAGUUGCUCUUGCUGCGUGUCUUAUGUUUGUUGCCUUACAAGUUGAUAGAACCAAUCUCCAUCAAGCUGUUACCGACAACUUUUUACAAGACUUGGGAUUAACAACCAACGACUACAAUGUGGGCAACACAAUAUUCUAUGUAUCCUUCUUGCUAGCUGAAAUCCCGUCGCAGAUGAUUUCCAAAAGACUUGGCCCAGAUAUCUUUAUCCCUAUUCAAAUUUGUGCUUGGAGUAUAGUCGCAAUGAGUCAAGCGGCACUCAGUGGAAAAGUGUCCUUUUUCCUAACAAGAGGGUUGAUAGGUGCCAUUGAAGGUGGGUUUAUUGCUGACCUCGUAUUGUGGUUGAGCUAUUUCUUUACUAGCAAAGAGUUGCCCAUUAGACUAUCUUGGUUUUGGUCAACAUUGACAAUCACUCAAAUAUGUAUUGCGCUUGCUGCUUUUGGUAUCCUACGCUUGAGAGGGGUGUUUGGGUGGCCAGGAUGGGCUCAUCUUUUUCUCUGGGAGGGUUUGUUUACCCUCUUGAUUGGCCUUUUCUCCUUUUAUAUGAUGGUUCCAUCGGCAGUACAAACAAGAAACUGGAUGCAUCCAAAAGGCUGGUUUACAGAGCAUGAAGAGAAAAUUGUCGUCAAUCGAAUCUUACGAGAUGACCCUACAAAGGGUACAAUGCAUAAUAGGCAAGCAAUUUCGUUGAGCAUGUUGUGGGUAUGUCUCUCGGAUUAUGAUUUAUGGCCGUUGUAUGCAAUCGGAUUGAUUGCUUAUAUUGGGCAUUUCACUUUUGGAUCUUACUUCACAUUAAUGACUCGUGAACUUGGAUUCAACACGUUUGAUACGAAUUUGUUGACAAUCCCUGCGUAUUUCCUAUACAUAUGUAACCUUCUUGGAAUUACUUGGUUAUCAGAGAAAUUGAACGAUAGAGCUUAUGUGUCAUUGAUAGCUCCCGUGUAUGGGGCCAUUACAUUAGGAGUUGUUAGAUUCUGGCCUGGAAGUGGAAUCAAAGUAUGGGAAAGUUUUGUUUUGAAUACGAUUUAUUAUGCAAUUCCUUAUAUCCAUGCAAUUCUUGUCUCAUGGGUGUCAAGAAAUUCCAAUUCAGUGAGAACGAGAUCAAUUUGUUCAGCAAUGUAUAAUAUGUCUGUUCAAAUGGGUGCAAUUAUAGCUCAGAACGUGUUCCGGGAAGAUGAUAGGCCGUUAUAUAAACGGGGAUUGUUGCAAUUGUGGUUUAUUACGUUAGCUGCUAUACCUUUGUUUUUGAUGACCAAGUUUUACUACGUUUGGAGAAAUAAGUCGAAGGCAAAGAUCUGGGAUAAUAUGUCAGAGGAGGAUAGGGCUGAAUAUAUGAAGACAACUGCAGAUGAUGGGAAUAAAAGGUUAGACUUUAGAUUUGCUCAUUAA